CCAGCAGCGAAGCUAGACGAGUUACCUGCGCUGUCGCUAACGUAUAUUGUGCAAGUGUAUGUGUGAGUGUAUUAUGUGUGUGUGCUUGUAUUCAAUUAAUUACAAAAGCAAAGGUAAUGUCGAUUGAAAGCAGCGAAAAGAAAGCCAGCCAAGAGAAAAGGCAGCAUGCAAAUAUUUGCUAAAUAAUAAUAAUGAAAAAGUGUGAAACAAAUUAAAAGUGCAAUUAAAAAGCAGCAACACCAGCAUCCACAACAACAACAACAACUACAACAAGAACAACAACAACUACAAUCAAGCACGGUGCAGACAAGAUUGGAUAUCUACGUCAUGGUAUGAAGGAGCCGACGAACACUUUGGAUGAUAUUGUGCCCAGCAGGCUGACGUCAGCCGAAUUGAGGGCGAUGGCACUGCGACAACAACAACAAAUCGACUCACAGCACCAACUACUGGCCACAAAGGAGCAGCGCUUGCGUUUCCUAAAAUCGCAGGAGGUGCGUAGUGCGGUGGCCAGCGCCGAAGGCGAGCGUCUGCGUCGACUACGCGAGCGUGUCGAGGCGCAGGAAUCCAAGCUCAGACGCCUACGGGCCUUGCGGGGUCAAGUGGACCUGCAGAAGACCUACAAUGUUACGCUGAGCAAUGACUUGGACUCGAUACGCGCGCUCUUUAGCGAAAAGGAAAAGGAGCUUGGUCUAGCCGUAGCCAAGGUAGAAGCGCUUACGCGGCAACUGGAGGAGCUGCGGCGCGACCGCAGAUGUCCUGUGAAUCUCUUGACUACGGGAAAUGGCGCCACACAGGCCUUGCCGCCCCAGGCCUCCCGCGAGCUGGAAAAGCUGCGUCGCGAGCUGAUGUAUCGCAAUCAGUUGUCCUUGCAACAGGAUGCACGUCUACACAUGCAGCGUGAAGCUUUGCAGCAGCGGCAAGCCGAGCUGCGAUCUGUGGAUCAACGUAUCUAUGAGCUGCAAACACGUCUGCAGCGCAAGAAGCAGGCGAACAUACAAAUUAGCAACACGCAACAGCAGCAGCAGCAACAACAACAACAGCAGCAACAACAACAGUUGCAUGCUCAGACAGCUCAGUUGCUUGCCUCAUCAGCGCAGCAACAAUUGCAGCAACAACACCAGCAGCAGCAGCAGCAACAACAAAAUGCCUUUGCCGCCGACCUAGCCUUUCAACAGGCCACCAAUUUGGCCAAACAUGGGGGCGUGGCAGCCCUGAAGCAACAGCUCUUGCAGAAGCAAGUCAAUCAGCUGGCAGCAGCAGCGGCCGCAGCCGCAGCCGGAAAUAUGUCUGCCCAUGGACCACCCUUCCCCCAUAACGCCAGCCGGGCCGCCGAGCGUGCAAACAUCGCACGCGGCAAUGUAGCCGCCGUAGAACCCUUUAUACAUACGCCCCAGAAGUCGACUAUAACGACGACGGCGAGUUACUUAAGCGCCGGCAACAUACUGAAGCAUGCAGCUGCGACAGCCAACACCAACCAGCAAAACCAGCUGAUCCAGGACCUCACGCACGUUAAGAUGAACCUGGCCAAUGCGGUGCCUAACAGCGGCUUCUUUGCCGGGUCGGCGGGACCAGUCCCAGCCAAUAGCAGUGCGUCAUGUGAAAGCGAUGAGUCCAAGUUGGCCAAGAAGCUGCUGAAUGCGCAGAAAGCGACUGCCAAGACGGAGGCUGAGAGCCGCAAACAGGCCCAGUCCGAGGCAAUGGACAGUACGACGCACAUUUACGCCGAAGUGGGACCCAAAAAGCGCGAUCUGCUUAAGGACAUUGCGCCAGCCACAGCGCCACUGGUGGCGACCUCCACUGCUAGCUCCAUUUCAAAUGUCGAUGGGCCAUCGCUGGCCACAACCUUGCCUUCUUCGACUGGCAGCAAUGCCAGCAAAAUACCCAAGAGCAUUGUGACAAGCAAUGCCGCGUCGGCCUCUGCCCUCAUUAGCAAGCUUAAUCAGCAGCAAGCGAAUGCAGCGGCAACACAACAACAACAACAACAGCAGCACUCAAAGGAGUCGCAGGAACAGAAGAAGAAUGAGGUAUCGGUUACAAGUGAAACGCUUUCGGAGCGCAACACGCAGCAAUUGACGGUACACAGCAUGCCCCUCGGAGCUGUCAGUAAAUCUGUGGCCAUGGCUGUCUCGAAUACCACAGCCCACACCACCAACACGACCACAACCACCCAUCAGGCGGAGAGUUUACUGCUCAAGUUAAAGCCGAAACCGCUGCAGGCCAACACCAGUGGAAAUCUUGUGGUGCCACCGCGCAAGCCCAUCAGCAGCGUGGCGCCCACAUCAGUCACCAGCGCCAUACCGAAAAUGAUUACCUACAGUCCCAAGGUGAAUCGGGUUGCACCCAAUGUGGUGGCCAACGCCGCCGCAGAUCCACGUCCAGCGCUACCGCCCAAGCCGAGCAAAAUGUCGCCCAUAGAGCAGCCUGCGGAGCCAAGUCCAACGACAAGUUCGAGCAACGUGGCUCGCAAAUCGGAGCCCCCAACCUUUGGUCUGCAAUCGCUGAACAUAAAUGAUAACUUGCCCAUCAAAGCCAAACCGCUGACCAUUCGCAAGCAGCCAAUGUGCGAGCAGCCGCGUCUCAAGUCCACCCAGGCUCAAGGCGUCAGUGUGCCCAGCAAUGUGGCCAAGUCGAGUCUAAGCAUAGCUGGCGGCCCACGCAAGCCCGAACUGGCGAUGCCGAGCUCUAACAAUGGUCAGACGCGCCAAUCCCAGCCUGCGCAGCCACAACAAGCGGUGGCGCAGCAACCUCCACAACUCCAGAUGGAUCCUAGCAAGGUCUCACCCGUGCCCGCACCGUCACACUCCCCCGUUGAUCAGCACUCGCCCAGCAGCAACGCCAGUGCCGACGAGCCGGAUCGUGCAGCCCAACAGAGCGAGACGUCGAGUGCCAGCAGCAGCAGCAGUCCCAGCGAAGCAGUCAAGGAACGACCACGCACCAGCGCGGGAUCCAAUGCGCCCGCAAAGCCUAAACUAGCGCGACGCGUUAGCUUCGAUCCGCUGGCUCUGCUUCUGGACGCCAGUCUCGAAGGCGAGCUGGAGCUGGUGAAGAAGACGGCCAUGCAGGUGGCCAAUCCCAGCGCAGCCAACGAUGAAGGCAUCACAGCUCUGCACAACGCCAUCUGUGCCGGACACAUCGACAUUGUCAAAUUCUUGGUACAGUUUGGUUGCGAUGUGAACGCACAAGAUUCGGACGGUUGGACGCCAUUGCAUUGUGCUGCCAGCUGCAAUAAUCUGUCCAUGGUCAAGUUUCUCGUGGAGAGCGGUGCCUGCCUCUUUGCCUCAACGUUGUCCGAUCACGAGACGCCAGUGGAGAAAUGCGAAGAGGAUGAGGAGGGCUUUGACGGUUGCUCCGAGUAUUUAUACAGCAUUCAGGAGAAGCUGGGCAUUCUGCACAGUGGUGAGGUCUAUGCAGUAUUCUCGUAUGAGGCCCAAAACAGUGACGAGCUGACUUUCCAAGUCAAUGAGCCGCUGAUCGUGUUGCGAAAGGGCGACGAUGCCGAGAACGAAUGGUGGUGGGCGCGCAACAUGGCCAACGAGGAGGGCUACGUGCCACGCAAUCUUCUCGGGCUCUAUCCACGUGUGCCGCCACAGUCGCCGCACUUCAAUGAUUAGCAGUUAAUACGCUUCACCAUAUUGAAGAAGAAGGCCGGCCGACUCGUACAGAAGCGCUAUAUAUCCAAGUAUAUAUAAGACUAAUUCUGUGCACGUGCACAGCGGCUGUCGCCGAGAUAGGAACACCAGGAGAGGAGGGUGCGGCACUCAGGCCCCAGCCUCCGAUGCGACGACACAGUCUCGGCACAACAGAGCGUAUUAGUAAUAAGCACAUCGUGCGCCCGCCCGCAAUACAAUAUUCAACAGAGCCCGUGGCCUUUUUUCCCGUUUACUUUUUUGUUGGAAAAGCGAAAUGAAGGAAAAAUGAAGGAAACUCACUCGCUCAGACAUACAUACGAGUACACACAUGAUAUAAGAGAAGCUGAAUGACACGUCCGACUCCAUAUGUUGGCAGUGCUUUAUCAUAUGAGCUCCGUGCAUGUGGCAUGUCGGCGAAAGUGCAACAUUUUGUGGCUUCCUCGCCAUUUAUCACGUCGACAUUGUGGGCGCACAAUUAGCGAGAGAGGAGCGUACAAGAAAUUCAAUUCCAUUUAAGCCUUUAGCCUUAGAGCGUACACUAAUAUCUAAGUAGGAUAGGGACAACCAACAACCAACAACACACACCGAUAAUGCCGCCUACCCGCACAAACACUACAUCAAUACAUAUAUACGUACAUACAUACAAACAUACCUAUAUACUUGCCACCCUUAUGUUUGUGCAUUCGGUUGCAUUGCAAUCAAAAUUUCAAAUUCAUUUCAUUAGCCAUGCGACUGCUUCGCCUAAGUUUAUAAAGGACUUCAUAGGACAUAGGCUAGGAUAUGCUAUACAUAUAUACUAUACAUAUAUACAUACAUACAUACCUACACACAUACACACAUGCGAGUGUGUACGAACGAACAUAAACUCUUACUUAUGUACUUACGCAUGCUUCAAUAACUAAUUAGUUCUAAGAAGUUCGUUAAUGCCUAAAAAUGUUUACUUAAGCGGAGCCGCAUCGACGCCAGCUCGGCAAAUCGAAAUUUACAAUAUAAACUAACUAAUGUGAUUUUUGUAAAAAGAAAAUAAAAUUAAACAACCUUUAAAUUGUGUGUAUAGUACUUAAUAUCGGUUCGAAAUACUUAAUAAAGCUUAACAAAUAAAAUCACGUGUAAUAUCUCAACAUAAGCAAUCG